UGCACACGGUGCGUCCUCCCCCACCAUGAGGUGACAGCAGGGGAUUUGCACCUUCCUAAUCUCCUCCUGACCCCGGUGAUCGGGAGCCCUGGUGCCCGGCGGGGUGUGCGCUCCCUCACUGUCGGCUCCUCCUCCCGGAGCGGGCACAGCGCUGUAGAGCGGCGGCGGUAGGUUGGUGCCCCUCGGGGCUCCCGGUGGUGACAGUGCUCGGUGACAGCCGCCGCCCGGGACAUGACAAGCCGUGGUGAGCCCAGCAGGAGCAGAGCAGAGGGGCACGGAUCGGCCGGGGGGCACAGGUUGGGCAGGUGGCACCGGAGAAGAGCAUGGUAGGGAGGAGGAGGAGGGGCGGGGGGCAUCCAUCAGUGUACAGCAGCGGCUGCCGUAUGACAUUCCCCGGACUGCUCCUCAUCCUCACUGGCGCCGCACUGGAUCGUCACACAUGACACUGGAUCCCGCCGCGGCAUCCUCCGCUGCAGCCUCCAUUGUUUCCCACCGCGGCGAUCGCCCUGUUCCGUGGAAUUGAUGCCUCUGCCCUCCUGCCCCCGAGCGAAGCGGCGAUCAUGGGCUGUCUGCAGAGCCUCACCUGUAAGUCCCGCAUCCGCAGGGAGAACAUCACGGUGUACGACGUGUGUGCCACCAUAGACCAGUGCCCGACCUCCAUCGAGGAGAACUCGCCCAUUGUCUUAAGGUACAAGACCCCCUACUUCAAGGCAUCGGCCCGGGUGGUCAUGCCCCCCAUGCCCAGGAAUGAGACCUGGGUGGUGGGUUGGAUCCAAGCCUGCAACCAAAUGGAGUUCUUCAAUAUCUACAGCGACCUGGGCAUGUCUAGCUGGGAGCUCCCGGAUUUACGAGAAGGACGGGUAAAAGCCAUCAGCGAUUCAGACGGAGUAAGCUACCCUUGGUAUGGAAACACCACUGAAACUGUGACCUUGAUGGGUCCGACAAACAAAAUUUCCAGGUUUUCCGUCAGCAUGAAUGACAACUUCUACCCCAGCGUGACGUGGGCAGUGCCUGUGAGCGAGAGCAACGUGCCCAUGCUCACCAGAAUUAAAAGAGACCAAAGUUUCACAACUUGGUUGGUAGCUAUGAAUGCAAACACCAAGGAGAAGAUCAUUCUACAAACUAUAAAAUGGAGGAUGAGGGUAGAUAUUGAGGUGGAUCCCACCCAGUUGUUGGGGAAACGGGCCCGAUUGGUGGGCAGGACUCAGCAGGAGCAGCCAAGGAUUUUAAGCCGCAUGGAGCCGAUCCCACCCAAUGCACUGGUUAAGCCUAAUGCGAAUGACGCACAGGUGCUAAUGUGGAGGCCGAAAAGAGGGCAACCGGUAAUAGUUAUUCCUCCUAAGUAGGACUGGAUGGAGUAUCGAGAAGAAGAGGAGAACAAGGGAUUUUAAAGCUACUUUUUAGCUUCGAGGACAAUGCAUGGGGACGAGAAAUGCUGAAACUAUUUCUUUGCAGUGAUUAUUUAUUGUGCCCAUUUUUGGAUGUGCGCAAACAUUUUAUACAAUUUAUUUAUUUAUUUGAAUGAACCUAAAAGGCAUUUGCCAUAACUGUCUUAGUGCCUGUGGCCAAACAGAAGUAAAAACAGAUGCUCAGUUAUUGACUUUACUAUCUGUUAAACUCAUGUAUGCGGUGCUGUUUGCAUUUCUAAAGAAUCACUUUGGUUGAAUGCAGUUCCAGGGAAUUUAUUAUGGACGGAACGUGUUGCCUAACCAAUACAAUGAGAAAUGAAAUAAUGUGGAUGCACAAUUCAGAUGUUUCAGUCUUAAAAAUGCAGCGAUCGAACCGAAGAUGCCAUUAUACAUUGAACAUAGCAUUGCCUGAAUUGCUAAUACAUUUCAUGAUAAAAUAACCCACUUUGAAGCAUAUGUUCUCCUUUGAAUGACUUUUUUAGUUAACUUACAGAUAAAACCUAUGUUAAAAAAAAAAAAAAAACAAGAAGCGUCUGUACAGAGCUGGCUCUGGCCAUUUGUAAGGCAGCUGUUAGGGGUCUACCUGCUCACAAGCUUGUCAACCAUUCCCAAAAACAGCUAGCAAAAACCUCACUGCAGAUCAUGGGAUAAGGCAUCAUGGUGCGCCACACUACAAAACUGUAAUCGGUCUGUGUGCUGCCAUAUCGUGCUCCAUACUAUGUUGUCUUACAGAUUUAUUCUCCCUUGGGAGCAGUGCUUCCGGGGGAGAAUAUCUAUGUUAUCCGUCAUCUGAUACAACUCAUCUUUCUGUUGGAUUCAUCUGGAAAUCCAUUUCAAUGUAAUAUGGUGAUAUGUACAAGACCUAAUACAGACUGUUAAAGACCCCAUACACAAUAGAAAAACAAUGGCCAAACUCGCUGAUUUCGGCACCGGCUGACUAUCUUGGGUGUAUAGAGGCCUUUCGAGUUUACCCCAACAUAGAAAGAUCAGGUGUGUUAAAUUGUAUUUCCUGAUCCUUUUUAUUUUCCAUGGACAAAAUCUGCUUCCAGAUGUUUACUCCACUACUCAUGGAUGCUUAUAGGAGUUGCAGGUGGAUGUGUAUGGAGGAAAGAGGUCGGAAGAAACAGUUGUUGACCGAAAAAGUGUUUGGCCAAUAGCGAGUUAAGGUGUUUUGGCAGUGUAACUUAAAGAGACUAAGCCAUCUUGGAGAGUUGGGGAACAACUAGGUGAUCCCGGGGACAGGGGGCUUGUUGGGGGUAGUCUGGGGCCCAGUGGUCCUGAGAACAGGGACCCCAGUCUCAUAGAAACAUAGAAUGUGUUGGCAGUUAAGAACAUUCAGCUUAUCUAGUCUGCCCAAUAUUCUGAAUACAAUUACGUCUCCCCUUUGAAUGGUCUGCGGCCAAGAACAAGGACCCCAGCCCUAUGAAUGGAGCAGUGGUUUGGCAUGUGUGCCUCUGCUUAAUUAAUUCUUUAUAGGAGUCGCACAAACAGUUUAGGGCUGUUACUGGCAGCUCCCAUACAAUGAAUGGAGUGGAAGCAUGCUUGCCGACCCAUUGCUCCAUAUUGUUAAAAAACUGGGGUCCCUGUUCUUGGCCGCCGCCUCAUUCUAAGGGGAGACUUAAAUGGGUACUGUCAUUAAAACUAUUUUUUACAAGUACACUCCUUAUGGUAAAUAAAAAAUAUUUCUAAUGUACUUUUAUUUGUGUUUAAAAAAGCUGCCACUAGGUGUCUCCCUACUUGUCCAGAGCACAUUUCCCCCCAUCUCUUGCACAGACUUUGGACUCCUGCUGGAUUGGCAGAAGUUCAAAAUAAAUAAGGACUUGCACUCUGGAGUUCUGGGGGGGGGGGGAGUGUAGCCUUAUCCAAUCAUAACUCAUCUCACACUGAACUGCUCUGGGCUAUGUGUAGCAGAGUGAGGGAGGAAGUUCUCCCCUGUAUGGCUUCAGAUGAUGUCACGCCUGGUGGGGAACGCCCCUUCCCUGUCUGUGAAUCGGACUAAGCAGAAAAUACAGAGCAAUAUCAAGGUAGAAAACUAAAAAAUAAUUAAAAAAAUAAAGGCAGGAGGUGGUUUAACAUGAUAGGGGCAGUGAACUGGGAGGAUUAUAAAAUUUAACAAGAUCAUGAGAGGUAAUCCCUCUCUAAAAGCAGUCGCCACCCUCCUGAGAGACAAAGACCAUGUGGUUUGGAUGUGUGAGGUGUGUGCAGCCUCAGCUAAUCAGGCACAGAACCUCUGUCUGCUGCUCAGAGCAGGAGGGUGGGGGCUGCUCUCAGAGAGUGAACUGGCUGGCAGAGCAGAGCUGCAAUGAUUGCUAGGAGAUGUAGGCAAGGUGAGAGGAUGGCAAAGAAUAUCAGGCAGCCAAAGAAGACAACAAAGGCCAUCAGAGCCAUACAUAUCAGGCUGGAUGGUUAACAGGGAAUAUAUUUGGAUAGUGUGGUGGCUUUGGAGCUUUAUAUAUAUAUAUAUAUAUAUUUCUCAGGAGUACCCGUUUACCACAUUCUGUGUUUAUAUCUGACUGCCCCCCCUGUUCUCAAGACAGUGGAUUGCCCCCUGUAGAUAGGGAAUAACUUUCCAAGAUGGCACAGCCUUUUUAAGGCCAGUAUAAGAUAAAUAAGGUGAAGUAUUUACAAAGCAAAUGAAAUUUUACCGCUGUCUCUAUGAAAAAUGGCAAAACCUUUAUAGUCGUUCCAUAAAACCCUUCUGUAAAUAUCCAAUGUCCGGCCAAUUGUAGAUACAAAAAAAGAUGGACCCAUAGUUAUCUAUCGCUAACCGUAUCCACCUAAAUAGAUGUAUAUUUUCCCCUCUGUCCAGGUCCAAUUAAGAGACUGUCCAAAAAAAUGCCUCCUUUUUAUGCCCCCCUAAUUUUGGGCAUAAAGUUGCUCUUCAAGGGGUACUCCGGUGAAAAAAAAAAAAUUUCAAAUCAACUGGUGACAGAAAGUUAAACAGAUUUGUGAAUUACUUAAAAAUCUUAACCCUUCCAGUACUUAUCAGCUGCUGUAUGCGACAGAGGAAGUUGUGUAGCUCUUUCCAGUUUGAUCACAGUGCUCUUUGCUGCCACCUCUGUCCAUGUCAGGAACUUUCCAGAGCAGAAGAGUUUUUCAAUGGUGAUUUUCUUGCACUCUGGGCAGUUCCUGACACAGACAGCACUGUGGUCAGACUGGAAAAAACUACACAACUUCCUCUGGAGCAUACAGCAGCCGAUAAGUACUGAAAGGAUUAAGAUUUUUAAAUAGAAGUCAUUUACAAAUCUAAAAGAAGAAAUUGUAUAACCAAUCCUUCAAGGAUUUUACCCCAAAAAGGUACACAAUGAUAUUCAAAUCAAUAUUAUAGGAAUACUUCAAUUAAUAAUGAAUUACUUGUAUUAUUAAAUAUUUAUAAAACAAUAUAAUAAAAUUGUUCUAUCAUUAAUAUUAUCCUGGCGCAGGUAUAUCAUUUACAUAUCUGUUUAACUUUCUGGCACCAGUUGAUUUGGAAAAAAAAAAAUUUCCACUGGAGUACCCCUUUAAGAGGAGCACUACUUUCCAUCAUUUUAUGAAAGGUACAGAUUCUUAUCUAAAGCGAGUAAAUGUAUAAGUGAAAUGUCUAUCCUUUACGAAAACAGACGGGACAAGCAGGAAUUUUUGGAAGAAAAAUUUCCCCUUGGAACAAAUGUGUGUGAUGGUUUCUAAACAACCUGAAAACAGAAUUUCUUUUGUUUAAACUUGAAAUAAAAUUUAA